AUGAAAAGAGAGAGAGACCCCCAGAGAUCCCCCUCCAGAGAGACCCCCAGAGAGAUCCCCCUCCAGAGAGACCCCCAGAGACCCCCCGAGACAGACCCCCAGACCCCCACUCCAGAGAGACCCCCCAGAGAUCCCCCUCCAGAGAGACCCCACCCAGAGAUCCCAGAGAGACCCCAGAGAGAGCCCCCAGAGAGACCCCCAGAGAGAUCCCCCACUCCAGAGAGACCCCCACAGAGAUCCCCCAGAGAGACCCCGCCCCAGAGAGAUCCCCCCUCCAGAGACCCCCUCCAGAGACCCCCUCCAGAGAGACGCCCCCCAGAGACCCCCACCCCAGAGAGAUCCCCCAGAGAGACCCCCAGAGAGAUCCCUCCUCCAGAGAGACACACCCCCAGAGAGAUCCCCCACUCCAGAGAGACCUCCCCUAGAGAUUCCCCUCCAGAGAGACCCCCCAGAGAUCCCCCUCCAAAGAGACCCCCAGAGAGAUCCCCCAGAGAGAUCCCCCUCCAGAGAGACCCCCUCCAGAGAGAACCCCCAGAGAGACUCCCUCCAGAGAGACCCCCUCCAGAGAGACCCCCAGAGAGAUCCCCCUCCAGAGAGACCCCCAGAGACCCCCCGAGACAGACCCCCAGAGAGAUCCCCCACUCCAGAGAGACCUCCCCAGAGAUCCCCCUCCAGAGAGACCCCACCCAGAGAGAUACUCCCCAGAGAGACCCCCGAGAGAGAGCCCCCAGAGAGACCCCCAGAGAGAUCCCCCACUCCAGAGAGACCCCCACAGAGAUCCCACUCCAGAGAGACCCCGCCCCAGAGAGAUCCCCCACUCCAGAGAGACCCCCUCCAGAGAUCCCCCCUCCAGAGAGACGCCCCCCAGAGAGACCCCCACCCCAGAGAGACCCCCCAGAGAGACCCCCAGAGAGACCCCCUCCAGAGAUCCCUCCUCCAGAGAGACACACCCCCAGAGAGAUCCCCCACUCCAGAGAGACCUCCCCUAGAGAUUCCCCUCCAGAGAGACCCCCAGAGAUCCCCCUCCAAAGAGACCCCCAGAGAGAUCCCCCUCCAGAGAGACUCCCCCAGAGAUACCUCCCCAUGAGAUCCCCCUCCAGAGACCCCCUCCAGAGAGACCCCCAGAGAGACUCCCUCCAGAGAGACCCCCUCCAGAGAGACCCCUCCAGAGAUACCCCCUCCAGAGAGACCCCCUCCAGAGAGACCCCCAGAGAGACCCCCCAGAGAGACUCCCUCCAGAGAGACCCCCCAGAGAUCCCCCCUCCAGAGAGACCCCCCCAGAGAUCCCCCUCCAGAGAGACCCCCAGAGAGAUCCCCAGAGAUACCCCCCAGAGAUCCCCCCAUGAGAUCCCCCUCCAGAGAGACCCCCCCAGAGAGACUCCCCCAGAGAGACCCCCUCCAGAGAGACCCCCUCCAGAGAGACCCCCUCCAGAGAUACCCCCUCCAGAGAGACCCCCUCCAGAGAGACCCCCAGAGAGACUCCCUCCAGAGAGACUCCCUCCAGAGAGACCCCCUCCAGAGAGACCCCCCAGAGAGACUCCCUCCAGAGAGACCCCCUCCAGAGAGACCCCCUCCAGAGAGACCCCCAGAGAGACCCCCAGAGAGACUCCCUCCAGAGAGACCCCCUCCAGAGAGAACCCCUCCAGAGAGACCCCCUUAAUUUUAAAUAUUCAUUAUGAUAGACCUAGUGAACUAAAGGGCCACAUGGCCAUGUCUGGUGUUACUGAGGCUCAGCUCCAUCCCAUCUAG